GUGCAAAGUCUACACUUCACCAGUACUGAUGAUUACGCUAGUUACAACAUUACUGCACCACACAACCAGCUCUCAGGGAGACUUUAAAACGGCUGCAGAAGGAGACAUUGCUCAGGAAUUGAUUGUUUAUUUAUAUUGUCUUUGGAGAUUUGUGAGUUUGGACGGUUAGGACCAGACCAUGUUUUUGGCUGUGGUCCUGCUCCUGGUCACUCUGAGUGUCCAGGGAGGAAAUGGCGAGGAGCAAGCAGAGGCACAGAGACCCGGCCAUAUUUCCGUGGUGAUCGUGGGAGCCACAGGGGACCUGGCAAAGAGGUACCUGUGGCAGGGCUUCUUCGAGCAGUACGUUAACCAGGUCAGUGGUGGAAACAGUUUUUCCUUCUACGGCGGGGGACUGUCACCUACCAGCACCGCCACCCCGAUCUUCUUUGAGAUCAUCAAGAAUGUGUCCUGCUCAGAGAACACAUCACCAGAGCGCUGUGCUGUGCUGAAAGAGCAGUUCCUGCGGCUCGCUCAGUACCACCAGCUAAAGACCUUAGAGGACUACCAGGAACUGGCCAAGCACAUUGAGAAAGAGCUUCAACAGGAGGGAAUAACAGAGGCAGGCAGGCUCUUCUACCUCUCUGUACCUGCCUUUGCAUAUGCGGAUAUUGCUGAUAAGAUAAAUAACAGCUGCAGGCCAACCAGCGGGGUGUGGCUGAGGGUGGUGCUGGAGAAACCUUUCGGACAUGACUUCAGGAGUGCUCAGCUUCUUUCAUCUCAGCUUGGGAGCUCCUUGAAGGAUGAGGAAAUGUUCAGAAUAGACCAUUACCUGGGAAAGCAAGUGGUGGCAAAGAUUCUUCCAUUCAGAGUGGAGAACAAGAAGUUUUUGGAUCCCAUCUGGAACAAGCACCACAUCGAGAGAGUUGAGAUCGUCUUGAAAGAGACCCUCGAUGUUAAAGGUCGUAUUCCCUUCUAUGACCAGUACGGGGUGAUCAGAGACGUGAUGCAGAACCACAUGACUGAGGUCAUGACUCUGCUGACCAUGAGGCUUCCUGUGAAUAUGAGCAGCACUCAGGAGCUGCUGCAAAAAAAGCUGCAGAUCUUCAGUAAUCUGCUGCCUUUAGGCAAGAACCAAGCUGUGAUUGGCCAGUACCAAGCGUACAAAACAUCAGUGCAGCAGGAGAUGAAUAAAACGAAAGAUCACAUCAGUCUCACACCAACAUUUGCAGCUGUGUUGGCACACAUCGAUGAGGCUCGUUAUGAAGGUGUGCCCAUUCUUUUGAUCUCAGGGAAGAUGUUAGAUGAGCGAGUGGGAUACGCACGCAUACUUUUUAAGAACAACAUAUUUUGUCUUCAAAACCAAAACAGCGUUCACUGCAAGCCCAAACAGAUCGUUUUCUACUUUGGCCAUGGCCAACUUAAAUAUCCAGCCAUUCUUGUGAGUAAGAAUUUAUUCAAGCCAGUUUUAAUGGAACGUGAGUGGAAGGAAGUGACAGAGCAUACAGAUGUUGAUGUUCUAGGUUUGCCUAUUUCAGACUAUUAUGUGCAGACGCCAUCAGAGAAUCGAGAAGCUUAUUCAGAACUUAUUUCUCACAUUUUUGCUGGACGUAAGAAUAGUUUCAUUAGUGCUGAAAACCUGCUAGCCUCCUGGGGCUUAUGGACGCCGCUGCUCAGCAGUUUAGCGGGCUCUUUCCCCCGCAUCUACCCCGGGGGUGCCGACAACGGAGACAUGCUGAACUUGCGUGUGGAAGGGAAAGACAUUAGCUACAGCAGUGAGGUGGUGAUAAUAGGUGCUGAUCAGAUGAGUGGCACAUCAGCAAAAGAUUUCCAAGUGAUGCAAGGCAAGUUCCGCAGUGCUGACAUGGUGUCGGCCUGGUCCGAGGAGCUGGUGGAGAGGCUGGCUGCAGACAUUCAUGAAGCAGCGGAGGCAGCGGUGCGUAAAGGUGGUGUUUUCCAUCUUGCCCUCUCCGGUGGCUCCUCUCCUCUCGCUCUGUUCCACAGGCUGGCGCUGCACCACUUCUCUUUCCCAUGGAGGGACACCCAUGUGUGGAUGGUGGACGAACGCUGCGUGCCUCCCACUGAACUGGAGUCCAACUUCAACAGCCUGCAUGACCAUCUUCUGCAGCAUGUGAGGAUACCUUAUUACAACAUCCACCCCAUGCCAGUGCAGCUCAACCAGCGUCUGUGUGUGGAGGAGGACGCAGGAGCGCUGCUGUAUGAGAAAGAGGUCAGAAAUUUAGUCAAUGGCUCCAGCUUCCACUUUGUGCUGCUGGGGGUCGGCUAUGACGGCCACACUGCCUCUCUGUUCCCGGGCAGUAAAAUUUCAGAACUCGGGGACAGUCUGGUGGCCCUCACUGAGAGCCCCAUCAAGCCUCAUCAACGCAUGAGCCUCACUUUCAGCGCCAUUAACCAAGCGCGCACGGUGGCUCUGUUGGUGAUGGGCAAAGGCAAGCAUGAACUGAUCACCCAGCUGAGCAGGGUGAAGGACAACCCCGACAAGUGGCCCGUCACCGGGGUGGAUCCUGCUGACGGAAAACUGGUUUGGUAUAUUGAUUAUGAUGCACUUUUAGGCUAGGAAUCACAUUCCAAACAUUCAAUCAGAAUUUUUUUCGAGCUGCUUUUAAUUUGACGACUGAUUGGUGCAAAAGAAAGUAUGAGCCAGCACUUAAAGGACCAGUAACUUUACAUGGUUGAACUCAAUAACCACAAAUAAUUACAUGUACUUAAUGGUAACACUUUCUAUGAUGGCUAUUCUAUUAAGCGUUUAAAAAUAUACUUAUAAUGCCCUAUAAUCGUCUUAAUGCACUGCAUUAUAAUAGAUAUUAGAACCAAGAAAUAUCCAUAAAACUUUAUUAAAAAAGAAUUAAAACACAUACUUUAUUAUUGCUUGACACUCAAUGAUAUGUUUGUUUUGCAAGAUUCAUAGUAUACCAUACCGUUCCUUUUGUAAAACAUUAUAAACAUUUGAAAAAGCUAUAUAAUGUAUAACAAUCAUAUACUUUACGGUAUAAUAAGCUAAACGUAAACAUUAUGUUUGAUAAUAUUAUUUUGAUGUCAAAGUAUUUUGAUACUUGAAAAUCAAUAUAAAGAACUUUAUAAUGUGUUAUAUUUAUUGUAUAGAGCAUUAUGAACACGUAUGAGUGCUUAUAGUUAUAACGGGCUAUAAGCAGAUUAUGAAGCAUUAGUAAUCAAGCAUGUUUAUAAUUCAUUUGGACAUCAUAGAAGGUGUUGCUGUAACAUUGCAGCUGUAUUUUGUAAGAAUGCAUGGUUAUAUGUGGUUAAUGGGUUAAAAUCUACUGCCCUUUUUAUUCAAAGUUUGAACCUCAUUCAAAUAUGUGUGUGUGGGGGUGAAAUGUAUACUUUUUUAUAUAGUUUAUCUAAUUAUGUGUGAGGUGAAGGAAAAACACAUGUUGACAGUUUACAAAGUGUAACGCUAUAAACAUAUCUGAUGUCAUUAGUUUUCAAUAAGUUUGGGUGCCAAAACCAAUUCUAGCUAACAGGAAGAUUCAUUAACUAAUAAUCAAGGUGGUUUCUAUGAUCUCAGGUGAUUUUUGUGAAUGUGCCAACAAGCUGUUCACUGAGUAAUCUACAUUUAUCAGCUGUGUGUUUUCUAUUAUAACUGGCAAAGAAAUGUCAUCAGUUAAAAACAAUGAAAUGUGAAAACAUGUUUAAACUGGAGAUAACAACAUUUGUUAUUGAAAUGUUUCAGGUAAUUCAAAAUAUUUGGUGCUUCACAAAUAAAAAAAAUGCUCAUUCCUGUUCCAUUCACAUUCCACUCUCAAUUCAUAUAAGUUUGCAAUUGUUUGGAAGAAUUGGGUGUGAGAGAUAUAAGCUGAAAGAUAAUAGCUGUAGUCUGUUCCUAUUGCUUUUCUCUUCCUUUGAGAGAUAAUGUUCAGUACUACAGAGUUCACACAUCUUUAUUAACUUCCUUGGAUUGAGUGUGAAACAAUUGUCCCUCAUCAAAUAAAAAUCAAAUUGUUUUAACGGUUGAAACAAA